AUGCACCGUGUGAUACUUUUAGCUCAAUCUGGACUUCAAGGGGGGAAAUGUUAUCGUUACCAGCAUUUGCAAUUAGCAACUCAUAAUUUUGGAGAAGAGUGUAGAAUUGGGAAAGGAGGUUUCGGUGAAGUAUUCAAGGCAAUUAUAGAUGAUGGGAACAUAGUAGCAGUCAAGAGACUCAAUGUUAGUUGUGGCAGAGCCAAAAUAGAUUUUGAAAAUGAAGUUAGGCUUGGAAGUAAUGUUCAACAUCGGAAUCUAGUACGCCUACUAGGUUCAAGUACUGAUGGACCCGAGCUACUUCUUGUCCUAGAAUACAUGCCACAAGGCAGCCUUGACAAAUUUUUAUGGGGUGAAAAAAGGGGAACUCUGAAUUGGAAGAAAAGAUGUGACAUUAUCCUUGGGGUUGCUAGGGGUCUUGCCCAUCUUCAUAACGAAUUCCAUGUUAAAAUAGUUCACAGAGAUAUAAAAUCGAAUAACAUUCUCCUGGAUGAUGAUUUUCAACCCAAAAUUGCAGAUUUUGGGCUGGCAAGAUUACAGCCAGAUGAUAUUACCCAUGUUAGCACAAGGCUAGCUGGCACACUAGGAUACUUGGCACCAGAAUAUGUAAACAAGGGACAUUUAUCAGAAAGGGUUGACACCUUCAGCUUUGGUAUCAUGACCCUUGAAGUCAUCAGUGGUCGAAAAUGUACCGAUGAAAACUUUAGUGGACCUGACACAUCUCACCUUCAUGAACAUGCAUGGCAAUUGUAUGAGAGAGGCAUGCACAUAGAGUUGAUGGACAAAGCAUUAUGUAUAGAAGAAUAUCAUCAAGAAAAAGUGAAGAAGACCAUUGAAAUUGCUCUACUGUGCACGCAAUCACCACCUUCUUUGAGACCAACCAUGUCUGAAGUUGUUUUGAUGUUAUCAAGUGGGCUAUCUGAUGGGCCAGGAGAACUAAUCAAUCCUACUUCCAUUGAUUCUCGUAGAGUGAUCCACAUGGGUGGUGCAAAUGGGCCAUAG